AUGGUUGUUGUUGAGAAUGAAGAGGAGGUAAUAGAGGAAGAAGCACCUGAUGAAGGGGAAAAGGAGGAACAACCGGCACCUGCCCCAGAGAAGAGAAAGGAGCCCACCACUGAUGUAUAUGUACCUCCUGUUCCUUUCCCACGAAGAUUAGCGCGUCGCAAGCUUGAAGAAAAAUAUGGGAAGUUUUUAGAACUUCUGAGUAAGCUUGAAAUAAACAUUCCUUUCAUAGAUGCUAUCAAGGAGAUGCCUUCUUAUGCAAAAUUUCUAAAGGAGGUAUUAUCUAACAAAAGGAAGCUGCAGGAAACAGGCGUUAGAAACACUGAGAGGAGAAUGCAGCGCUAUCUUAGAGUGCAAGUCAAAUUUGGUGAAGUCUUGGUUAAUAAAGCACUUGCUGACUUGGGAGCUAGUGUAUGUAUCAUGCCGCUGUCUUUAUGCAAGAAGAUCAAUGCAGAGAUCAAGCCAACAAGGAUGUCUUUGCAGCUAGCCGAUAGAUCAGUAAGGUUUCCAGUUGGAGUUCUUGAAGAUUUGCCAGUUCAAAUGGGGAAGUUCUAUGUCCCUUGUGAUUUUGUGAUUAUGGAUAUUGUUGAAGAUCAUAUCAUACCUAUCAUUCUAGGGAGAGAUUUUUUGAAGACCGCACGGGCUAUAUUUGAUGUAUUCAAUGGCAAGCUUACAUUGAACAUCCUGGGGGAGGACGUCGAAUUUCAUCUUCCAUCAAUAAUGAAAGGACCCGCUGAUGAAUCACUGUGCAAACCAGAAGUAGCGAGGGUUGAGAUUAUGCAUCCACAGUAUGAUGACCCUUUGAGAUCAAUCUUAGAAGGAGUUGAGGAUGGAAGGUGCUCAGAAGCCGCAAGUUUGAAGAAGAUUUUAGAUAAACCAGAUUUCUAUAUGGAACCAAUGAUGGAGACCGUUUUGGAGGCUUUUGUGACGGUUAAACAGGAGAGAUCCACGCCUCCUCAUGUAAAUCUUAAACCCCUUCCCUCUUCUUAA